GCAACCUCGAGUCCAGUAAUGGCGAGCGGAAGGACAAAUUAUAAACAAUUCCAAGGGAGUGGAUAACAGCAAUCCUAGGUUGUCACGGAUGUAGUGGAGGUACUGGUGUAAUUGUGUGUACAAUUUUAUAUAGGCUACAUGACCAGAGGCUUUGCGUAAAAUACCAUUGAAGUGCCAUGCAGCUCGCAAAGUACUGUACAGAUAGGCUACACUGCUAGGCCGCUAAAAUUUAGCUACGCAAAUAUACGGAUAACUGAACAUGGAACAAUGUUGACUACUACCAACUUAGCCAGCAAUUUCACUGUAAUUUCUUGAAAACGCAUGAUACCCAAGUAACGCAGCUACAUUGCAGAAAUAUACGAAUUGUGGUUCUAUUACUUGGGACGAUAAAAUGAGCAAGCAAGUAGACAGCGGUAAGCUGUCUGAAUCCACCAAGAAGCGAAGCUCUAGCGCUGAACGAGGUAGCUCCCCCCGCUCUAAGCUGCGUAAAGUGGAUGACUGUUCUGGGGAUAAAGUUGACGUUUCGGAGAAAAUUGAAUCUACAGCCCAAAAGGCAGACGCACAAGAUAAUGGUGGGGAUAACAAGUCAAGAGAGGACGACUCUCCCCGUUGUGGGUCAGGGACGAGGGAGCAGGUUGAGACUCCUGCUGCUGACACUCAGGACUUGAGCAGGAAAGGCGACGUUGAUUCCAGUAGCGCGGAACAAGCGGGAAGCCACAGUGACAAGUGUGAGCCAGGUGGAGAGGCAGCUGAAGCAGCAUCGAAUUACGGCGAUAAAGAAUGUCGGCCCUCAACGUCGGAGAAGCGGUCUGAUUCAGCGGCGAUCGCCGCAGCAGAGGCACUGGCCAGUUUAACUGGUGGAAAUAAGGAUAAAAGUGGCGAGGAGAUGCCGUGCUCGUCUAAGCAAGCCACAAGUUCUAAGGACAUAGCCAAGCCGGGCCAACAGCCGGAGGCGGCUCCUGCGGACAGCUCAUCGUCGCUUCUCACUCGGGAUGACGAAGAGGACGCGGGGGAGGGCGACGAAGACGACUCUUUACCGGGGUCAUCGUCCACGCCGAGCUCUUCGCUCGCGUCGGAUAAUGACGAAGACGAAUGUGCCAUAGUGUCUGUGAAAAUGGCCCCGGAGAUCCGGCAGUCCAUCGCGCAUCUCGCCCAGGUGCAGACGCAGCUGAACACGCUGGAAAAGAAGGGUGCGCGUCUCUACCAGCGCCUGGAACUCAAACUGGAAAGGCAGCGACGCCCUCACCUGGACCAGCGCAGCGCGAUCACCCACACCAUCCCCGGCUUCUGGGUCACCGCCCUUCUGAAUCAUCCAUACCUGUCUCCACACAUAGACGAAAAUGAUGAGGAUGCACUCAGCUACAUGACCAAUCUGGAAAUUGAGUCCUUCAAGCACAACAAGCUGGGCUACAGGAUUCGCUUCCACUUUCGACGCAACCCUUACUUUCAGAACACCGUCAUCAUGAAGGAACUCCACCUUGGAAUGGGAGGUUCGCCGGUGUCCAUGUCCAACCCCAUCCUGUGGCACCGUGGGCAGAACCUUACGGGCUCCGCGGAGCAGAGGAGGUCCACACGGGGCGGCUACCAGAGCUUCUUCAGCUGGUUCAGUGACCACAGUUGUCCUGGCAGGGACGACAUUGCUCAGAUCUUGAAGGAUGACCUGUACAGAAAUCCUCUCCGGUACUACCUAACCCCACUGUGGGAACCCAGGGAGAACGGCAGUGCCCCGAAGCCACCGGCCAGCAACAACGGAGACGACUGCGUUGUGAUCUCCGACUCGGAAGACGACGACGAGCCCGACGAGAGUAGCCAAGAGUCUCGCCGGGAGGAAAGACAGACUGAGGACGAUGACGACGACGAUGACGACGAGGAUGAGGAGGGCGGUCGAGUCGCAGGGUCGGAAGACAGCAACGCUGAGGUCGGAGAGUCCUCCUACGAGGAGAAAGAGGAAGAGGAAGUGGAUGUAGAGGAAAUGGACGAGUCACAUGACUCUGGCGCCGAUGAGGUCAGAGACCGAGAGGAAGAGGAUGAGGAGGACGUUGAUGUUGAUGAGGAAGGGGAGGGAGAGGAGAACUGAUGAGUAGCAGGGAUUUGAUGUCAGUCAGGGUUUCAUUUCACCAUCAGGUGAUGUAAAUUAGCACAAAAUGAGAGGCAUAAAAUGCAAUGCUUGUUGUGACGACUAUGCCACAAGAAUGGUACAUAAAAUACUUCACCAUUACAGUUGUUUAUUAAAUGAAUCCCAAGUCUCACCACACAAGAUUGUUGUAAAACUGCAAAUGACCUGACAUUUUAGAGAGGUGUUUGGUCCUCAUCACCAGUUGCUUAGAAGAAAGGCUCAGGAAUGCCCCCCACCCCCAACCCCCUAUUUUUGAGUAAGCGUCGUUGAAUACCCAAACUCAAAAGUUAGUUUAUUUUCAACCAUGACCAGAAUAUAUGAAUAUAUGUUCAGAAUAUGAACUACUCACACAGAAAAUAAGUAAUACUGAAUUGGUGCCCUGCUUUGGAAAGCCAUAUUGUUCCUAAUGUUUCAUUGAUUUAUCCCAUUCCAACCCUUCCAAUGUUUCAUUCAUUAGUUGGGACAAUAAGGGCUUUGUAAAAGUGAUUGGACCUACAAUAUUGUUGAUUUUUUUAUAAAAGCAAGGGGCUUUUUUUUUGCUUUGUGUAGCAUGUGCAUAUUUGUGUCCCAUGUAGAAUUACACUUCAGAUUACGAUCAUGUCCUCACACAUACAAUAUAUACCAUAACAGGAAGUAAUGCAGGAAUUGACCUUUUUCUCUCAUAACUGAACUCACAUCCUGUAACCAGUGUAUUAUGGAUUCAGCUCACUGUAGCAAACAUUUUUACUGACCUAAGCAUAAACAUAAUGGCCAUUUGCGUUUCAGAAUCGUUUUUAGUCCUGGUAACUGGAUUUCCAGACCCCACAUGACCCCAGUAACAACACAACCUGUGAUAUUAGCCCAUAUCCUCCACUGUAGGUCUUCUCUGCUGGUUGCUUGCCUUUACAGUAUUGAUCAAAACUUCGGUAGCUUUUGCUUAGGAGAAUUUUUCAUUUGUGGUUUAAUUUUGAUAAUCAUUCCACCUUUUCGCUCAAUUAAAUCAACCACACAUAAUGAAAACCAAUGAAGGCAAAUCCUGACUUGCAUAAAAACUAAGACUGUUCAAUUGAGUCUCAUUGGUACUGUAAAAUGUUUGUAAGUAAUACUAGAAUAUAAUCUAAAAGAUCUAAUUAAUACCAGCAUUAGAUCCACUAGCUUCCUUGUACUAAAAACCUUUCGUUAUUUUUUAAUCCAUAAAUACCUAGCACGCCUUGUGUGUAUAUAGUCAUAAGAUGUUGGGCAGUGUCCUAAACAAAUGAUCCGAGUGCUCAUGAAACCCUUGAUAUCCUUUGGUCAGUUGCCAUCCAUUUGAAGGUUCCAUCAGAGGGAAAAAACUUUAAAGCUUAUUAAAGUCGAUAUGUUUGACAGCUAUUUAAAAUGUUCCAAUGUACUUAGUAGUUCCGAACCAAAUCUGGAAUUCUCAGGGAUGUUCUAAAAUCCUUUCUUCACAUUGAUCUCUUUUUAGUGUUUACCCCAUCAUCCUUAUCUGCAUAAUUAUCUGCUUUAUUGGUUUGCUGUGUUUUUUUCUGCCCUGUCUCUCCAUUUUAUAUAUAUAUAUAUAUAUAUAUAUAUAUAUAUAUAUAUAUAUAUAUAUAUAUAUUUGAACACAUAGAGACACACCAUGGCAUCCCCUACACAAAAGCACACACCUAAUAAUGAUACACAAUGUAAAGUAUAGGUGUGCGUGCAUGUUGAAAUACUUUAUAGACUCCAUCUUGACAUGCACCGCGUGAAGGCAGUCUCUCAUUCAGCGUAAUGUUAACUCCACACCUUCCACAACAAUACCAUGCUAUGCAUCUGCUGUACAUGCACUGCGAUUAGGUGUUUAUUCAUCUCUUAAAACAGUCGUUUUUUUUUGUGUCGUGCUGUUGGACAGGUCUGACCUGUGGGAUUAGUGGACAUACUGUAAGAUCACGAAGGCACUGUUAUUUAGAAGUGUGUAGGUUAUGAUGUCAGACCUGCUUGGCCUAUGGCCAGAAAGCUAGAGCUUUCAUUUUGUUAUGCAUCUUAGGUGUCCCCCCUAAAGCUACAUUUUCUCCUUUUUUUUACCUCUAAUAUAUGUAAUUAAGCACAUAGAUUUAUCCAGUGUAUUUUAGUGUUUAUUUUUUGUUUGUUUGUUUUGAAACAAUGUGUGCCAGUUUGUUUUGUUUGGCUUUUGGCUUUUUUCCCUAAGUUUUGUUUGUUUUGGAAGGUUUUGAACCCCAGUGUGUGUGUUUUGCCUUUUUAAGGCCGUUUCUGUCCCAGAUUCAUCUCUCUCCGCUUGAUGUUGUGUUUCUCUUACCUCAUGGCUUGCGUGUCAAGAGUAAAAUCACACCUCUCGUUUGAGCUUUUGUUUCAAAGAAAUAAUAUUUCUUAUGAAAGCAGUAAUUGUGAUUAUAUAGCAAUGUUCUGAAAUUGUAAUGAUACUAGAUGUCAUUUGAAUAUCAAAGGAUAAAGAUCUGGCUUGUAAAUAUGUAAAACAUUUUCACAAGGAGAUAUGAUUUGUUAAUGUUUGCAUUUCGCAUUUCAAGUUACUUAAAAUCUUAAAUUGGAAAUAGUAACAGAAAGCUCUAUUUUCUGUCCUGUAUUUUAUAGGAAUUUGCUGUUUUUGGAAAAUGUGUUUAAGUUUUUUUUAAGAAAAAAAAUAAAGUUAAUGUACUGCU